GUUAAUAAACAAAAUAAGAAACUUUUCUGAAACUCAGUUAUUAUAACUGGUUAUGAAAAUAUAUAAAAAUAUAAUGGAUGAAAAAUGUAGAAUUUGCUUACAGAGAGGAUCGCUUUUAUGUAUUUUUGGCGUUAAAGGAUCAUUAAAAUUAUCUUCAAAAAUUAUGUCUAUCGCUAAUGUUAAAAUAUGCCCCAAUGAUGGGUUACCGUCAACAAUAUGUAAAACAUGCACAGAAAAGGUUGAUAAAUGUAUUGAAUUUAUUGAAUUGUGUGAAAAAUCAGAUUAUAUUUUACGAUCAAAUAUUAAGAGUUUUGAAAAAUCAGAGGUAAAUAAAGAACAGGAUUAUGAUACAGAAAACAAUCCUGAUUAUAGUAAUUCUGAACUUGAAAAUGAUUAUAUCUGCAAAAACCUAAGCUUUAGUGCACAAGAAAGACCUAUUGAUGGCAUUGGUAAUGAAAAGGAUAUAAGCUUAGAAAACACCUCAGAUAUCUCAAAAACUGAAAACAGAGAAUCUCAGAAACAACAAUGUUUUAAAUGUGGAAAGGUAAUGUCCUCGAGAUUUCGUUUGAAAACGCACUUACAGACGCACACUGGAGAGCGGCCUUAUUCUUGUCCUCAUUGCAACAAAAACUUUUCAUUAGCACAAAAUUUGAAGGUCCACCUCAGGACACAUACGGGAGAAAAACCUUUCAGUUGUACAAUAUGUGGUGAGGCAUUCGCACAUUCUGCAGGCCUUACGGUGCAUAGACGUAAACAUACUGGUCAGAAGCCAUACCAAUGCAUCUUGUGUCCACGUAACUUUCGUACUGUUGGCCACUUGCAGUAUCAUAUAAGGAGACAUACUGGAGCAAAGAAUUUCGAAUGUACAACAUGUGGGAGAGCUUUUAUAACGCAAAGCGAUUUGAAAAGACACUCGAUAACACACUCGGGAGAAAAACCCCACGUAUGCUGUUAUUGCGGUAUGCGCCUCACCCGUGCCUCGCAUCUUAAAAGGCACAUACGAUUUAUUCAUAAUAACGAAAAAAAGACACAAUCUGAACUUCCUACAGGAGGAAAUGAAAUACAGAAGGUUGCCUAUAGUACUAUAAGCGUGGAAAACAAUGAAUAAAAAGUAUAUAUGUAC